AUGGCGCACAACGAGCCCAAGAGGCGCCGCGAACGCCCUCCGCCUGGAGGCUCCGAAGGCCAUUCGGUUGGUGUCAUCUCUCGUGCAGCCCAGCCUCAUAUACGGCAUUUCGACCCAAAUGCUGAGCCGUGGCGUCGCCGCCUUGAUGGCAGCGUCGGUGAGUCGCAGUCACGGGAGGCAGCGUCCGCAAGAGGCGGCGAUUAUCGCGGCCGUCAGGGUCAGGAACAGGACGAUGAUGCAGAUGAAGCGUCUAGGUCUGACGUGCCAAUGACUCGCCGACGUGUAGAUGCAAGAUCGGAUCACGUUCCUCAGUACCAGCGCCAACGAAGCCUGAGAAGAGAAAACUCGGGGCCUGCGCCCUCGGCAGAGAGAGUCAUUAUUGAAAAUCCUCCCACUGCUGUUCCCUAUGCAGCUUCGUCAGACGGUGAGAGCGAUGGUGAGAGUGACCGUCGCGACCGGCGUUUCAAGGCGCAUAGUAGAUCGAGAUGGCUCAAUCCCCAGACUUCUGACAGGGCCGACGAGCCUCGUCCUCCCAGUAUUGACAGGGAUCGAAUCAGAAUCAACCCGAUUGUAUAUGAAGAUGCUGGAAUGGAGGACUAUCGCAUCUAUCGACCCAUGAGCCCUGUUUUUGAAGACAUCGAUACAUUUGACGAUUUCCAGUUUACACUCCCGACAGAGGAGCCGUCCAAGGACACAGAGCUGUCAGAUGUGGAGACACCGACAACCGAGGGUGAAUCUAUACAGAAACCUGAUCGCCCGCUUUCUAACAUUUUGACUGCCCCUGGGAUAUAUUCGUCUACAUACACAGGGACUGCGGAACUAGGAGCUCAACAUGAUGUGAAUUUGACGAUCCUGUACGACCCCAAGGGCCAAAAGCAGCCUUUAUUUCGAUGGUUACAUGUUCGUCAGGACGUGAUGAAUUUUGACGCUUUCUGGGUCGAGGUGUCGCGUCAUGUCCAUUUUCCGGAUGCUGAAAGAGCUGUCGUGGCUAAUCUGCGAGCCGAAGUGAAGCGGCAGUGUGUUAAGACUCGAUACAAUCCCCAAGGCGCAAAGGUGGGCUAUAUGGAGCCCAAGUGUAUCCAGGUUCCAAUACAGGCUGCUGGUAAAAGGCCAUCUGAAAACUCGCAUGCGGUUAACUGGAUCUGCAUCCCGUAUUUCUCUCUGCAUCAAUAUUCGGAGUCUUUGCAAACUUCGAAUCCGGCACUGUUUCCAGAUCAGCUAACGUCCGCCAAGACCUUCAUUGCGCACUUUCGUGCUUUCUGGCCCCGUUGUCUGGAGUUUUGGCACAAGGAUCGCCUACUGUCGGCAAAAAAUUGGGAGAAAGUGUUAAAACUGGCUGAGGGGCGACAGGGCGACGUGAAGCUGAGGCUAAAGAUGGCAGAUACCCCCGAAUCACCACGAGUAUUUCUAAAACCAAAUACUUCAGCCAAGACAGCACCCACAAAGCGCCCUGAGCAAGCAGAGGAUCUGCCAGAAUACCUACAUGUUUUCACGCUCUUGCCAAAAAGUGCAGAAUCGUCUAGCGACACCAUUCUUGCAGAGCUUCACGAGCAGUUAUCAGCAGCUGAGAAAUUUCUUACAGAGCAAACGUCCUACUCGGCACAGAGAGGAUAUAAACAAUGUGGACUCAUGGCCAGAAACGGGGUGAACGAAUAUCUCACGAACCUAGCACCGCGCGUCGAUGAGAAGGCAAACGAUACUCUCCGCCGCUUAUACGAGGAAAGAAUCGACGUCUUCAAUAUGGCAGACAUGUUAUUCCAACUCUUCUUCCCCCUGACGUUCCAUGGCCCUACAACGGGCAAAUAUUGGGGGGCUCUUAACAAGCUGAUGAAGGCAAGGCCAGAUUCUCUCGACAUGCCAGAACUAGAUGGAGGCAAAGAUGCAAUUUCAACUCCCCUUACAGAGGUCAAAAAUGCUUUGUGGCAGUUGACGCGAGACAUUCAAUCUUUUCAAAGUAUCAUGUCGUUUGCAGGAAAAGAGGAUCGGGCAGCUAUCGAAUUGCCUCGUGAGCUUGUGACUGCAUGGCUUCAUAUCGUUUUCGGCUUGAUAUACAGCAGUCAUACGGUCGAUUGGUUCAAUCAUAUGACAAGAGCCAGAUCUCUGAUGAAAGACGGGAUGCAGAAAAUGAUUCAGAGCAUUUCUAGCCAAAAUCUGCUGGAAAAAGCCGUGAUGCUGCCAACAGAAAUAAUGUCACUCAUCACGCUGAAUCUCUUGCAAGACGAUGUUGGGAAAUACGACAAUAUCUGCGACACAUAUUCACUCUAUCUAAAUUCUCUGGAUACCGACAUCACAACAAAACAUUCCGACCGGACGUACCAGCAUCGUCUCGAUUUGGUGAAACAGGAAAUGACUGCUAUCAAACGGAAUCUGGCAAGGCAACGAAGUAUCAUCGCCAUGCUUAGAAACAAAACCAGCAUUACGGACGGUAAUUUUAUGGUACGAUACGGAGAGGAAAUGCCGACACACAUGAGGAGAUUGAGAGACUGGGAAACUGGGGACCGAUCCGAGCAUGCAAGGCCAAGGGGUUUUGUUCCUGGACAUCGACACUAUGGGGUCACCGAAGACCGAACUAUUGAGCCAGGCGUCUACGACCAAGCUCAAUUCUUGACUGACCUUGAUGCCGCCUCCAAGCUCUCUGCCACGGACUCAGGCGGGUUUCGAAGCCUUUUUCUUGCGGAUUGCGCAAAUCUUGUCGAGCAGCGAGAGUAUGAAUUUCGACGAAAUACCGAAUACGCCGAAGAUCUAGAGCGUGAAACCACUUAUAAGAUGGAAUGGACCAAGGACAGACAGGAAAAUGCCAUCUACGCAUUCACUCUGGUCACUAUCAUAUUCCUUCCACUGAGCGCGAUAUCGAGCAUCUUUGGCAUGAACACCAACGAUAUCCGAAACAUGGACUUUGACCAGUGGCUAUACUGGGCUAUUGCGUUGCCGGUGACAUUGAUUUUGAUCCUGGGAGCCAUGUACUGGAUGGAUGAGCUGGGCAACGCAACUGACUGGCUUUUCGGCGGACGCAAACGGUCUUCGGGGUAUGGGAAAUCGUCACUUUCGGGGGCUGGAAGAUCCAGGCCAGUUGAACCUGUCGUCGAUUAUGACUCGAUGGGCCGUUCCAGCGACGAGGUACCUGCUACGUACCGCCGAGCUCGAUAUCGGCGCCGAGAUAGGCGGAAUGUGGUUGAGGUUGAUGAACCUGUCGAAAUUGUACCGGUGUCACGUAGACGGAGGAAUUCUUUUUACAAGUACUGA